AACGAGGCUUGCAGAUCAGAAUGCAUAUGAUUUUGCGUUAAUAAGACCCUGAUCUGUCCGCCCAUUUCUGGUUUUCAAUCGAAUGGAAACCCAACCUGGCUUGAGAAAUGGCGAGGUAACCUAAGGGUAGAAAGAUCGGUGCUCGCAUAUAUAAUCAUGACGGGCUUGCAAAGCACUCCCGUAGAGCACGAUCUUGACCCGCUUCCGGAAUCGUUCCAGAACUCGCAUCAUCUUGACCACUCCUACCCCGAGGUACAUUAUUCGGAGUCUCAAGACCAAUACCGAAGUCAAUAUGCUCACGCCGACCCGAACAAUCAACAUGAGUCGCAUGGCUUGUAUCCGGUAGCGGUUCAUGAAGUAGAUGCUAAUGCACUUAAGAGCAACGCCGCCAGUGUCAUACCGGCUGAGAAUAAGAAGAGAGUAUGCGGUAUUCGCCGGAGGAUAUUAUAUUUUGGCCUGGUUUUCUUCGUGCUCGUUGCGGCCAUAGUGGGAGGCGUAGCGGGAGGUAUUCUUGGGAGCAGGCACAAGUCUAAUCGCCAAGAUGGGCAAGCUCCAUUAACCACCAAUAACCUUAACUCCCCGCCCGACACAAACACCAGUGUCCCAGCACCGAAGCCAAUGCGCGCAAUCGUAGCCGCCCAAUCUGAUGCGACAAUCUUCAUCUUCUGGCAGGUAUCCAAUGGGGACCUGUAUAUGCAUGGCUACUUCAACAAGCCCAGCAUCUGGGCGAAUCCCAUGAAACUAAACAUGUCGUUGCCUGCUAUUGACAAUACUCCGAUUGCUGCUGCGACAUGGCAGUCCAACGACUACUUUGAAAUCCGCAUGCACUAUACGGCACGUUCGCAAAGCACCCUCGCCAGUCUCGUCUUCCGCUGCCACGGGAACGGCACGCUCUGCACAAACCCAGAGAGCAACACCAUCCCGUCCUCCUCCGCCCUCAUCGCGGGCGCCGGACUCUCUCUCAUUUCCCCCUCAUUAAACAUCCUACGCGAAUACAUGGUCGGUAGCGACGGCUCUGUCCUAGAAGCCGCAUACGACCCUACGAGCGGAUGGCGCGCGCCGCGGGAAAUCAGUAAUGGUGCAAAGGCACAUCUGGCGUCGCCAGUCGCAGUGAAGAUGGUGAAGGGGGAGAUUUGGCUGUUUUGGUUCAAUGAGGAGACAAGGUUGCAGAUGGCAUCGUCAGUUUGGACGAGUUCAACGUGGACAAAAGGUCUAUCGUGCUUUUUCCACCCCUACUCUUCCAGACAAUCCCCGCGAACAUCCCCAGAGAAAUCCCCCGCUCGCUUGGCGUCGCGGUGUCUGAUACCCCCGAUGCAGUCCAAGUCUUCUACCUCGACGGCACUAAGAUGCAGCAGGUGCAGUAUUCGAACAGCAAAUGGUCAGUUGGAGAUCUUGGGUCAUCGGUUCCGGGCUCGAGCACACCGAAUGGGCCGAUAGGUGUGGCAGGAUGGAGCAAUACAGCAGUGCGGAUGUAUUAUCUAAUCGAUGGGAAGAUCAAAGAGCUCGCGACAGAGAGUGUGUAUGGGAAGUGGAUGAUUGGAACAAUGGU